AUGGGUUUAUCUUUUCCAUCAGAGGAUUUAGAGGAUAGUCUUGGAAAAAGAGUUGAGGAUAUGAAAAGAGAUGCCGAUAUGUACAAGGACUUCGUAAGGAAGAUGUAUGGAUUAGAAGAUGAGCUGGAUCUCAUUUCUGUAGAGGACCAGAAAAGCAUAGUAGAAAGCGCCAAAAGGAGAAGAAGAUCCACAACUCUGGAUGUGGAUGAAAUACUUUAUGCCGCAGUGGAUGAGGCAGCCAAAGAUUUGAGGAUGAUAGAAGGAAAAAAAGAUACUGAUGUUUUUAUUGAAAAUAGCACACUAAAUGUAAAGGGGCGUGCAUUUACUAAGGGAGAUAAAAUCAAGGUCACAAUAAACAAAGAGGUAUUUGCAGGAGGCAUUAUUUCCAUAGGAGAGGAGGAUAUCAUACUAAAAACAAAGGAUUAUAAAAGAGUUAGAAUCCUGCUAGAUGACAUAAGAUCCACGAAGUCUUCGAUUGUACCGAUUAAUGAAGUUAGGCGUUGA